AUGGACUUUUAUGCUUCUGGCCCAAAUCAGAAUGGUCGCUCAUACAAAUCUCGAAAAUGUCGUCCUUGCGAUUCUUGUCGCAGGCGCAAAGUCACAUGCAAUAUGCCACUGGGACCACCCUGCCACCGAUGCACCAACAAAGAUCAAGGAUGCACAUUUGAAGAAGCUCCAGGGCCGCGGAAGAGAGCGAAGCUAGGCGAGUCAAUUUCGGGGACUAUUGAAUCAAAUGACAAUCCCGAUGAGUGGCUUCAUGUCUUCACCGAAACCCGACCGAACGUCGAGCAAAGCGAUGAAGUGUGGACACCAGAGGAAGCUUGUCGAGGACAGCUAGUGAAUGAACGAGACUUUGAACCUCAAACUCAGCGAACAGAAUCGAGAAGUCCACCGACGAGCAUGUCCGCGCCCGAUCUAAAUCUCACAGCGAGGAUUGAUUCGCGUGGCAGCAUUGCAUCUAGCUCCGGAGAAUCUCCACCGAGUCGAAGGGGACCGGUAUCUAGGGAUUCCCCAUCUCGAAUGGAUUCCCUCGAAUCCAUCCCGGGAGCAUUCAGCUUUUACAUCGGACCAACUGGAGUUUCCGAUAUCCACAUAUUGAGCCACCAGCCAUAUGAUGACCAAAACGUUUCAUUGCCGAAGGUGAACGGUUUGAAGUACCGAAUCAUGAACGGUUCGCGCCAAAAAAAUGACGAAUCAUUUGACCUUUCACCUCCUACCGUUUUUGGCAUUACCAAUCACUCCCUUUUAGCGAAGGCUGAGCCGAAGCUAGACCCAGAACUUUUAGACAAUGCUUGGCCUCGUCUAUGGGCUAUGAUGGAUUCCACGGAAGCAUGGCAUCUUAUCCAGCUCUAUUCUCGCUACGUGGACCCCUAUUUUCCAAUCUUAUCAAAACACCAAAUUCCACCGUCGCCAACAGAACUACACGAUAUGCCCUUGGCAUUAUUGACAGCAAUUUGCGCCACUGCUCUUCCGUUCAUAAUGUAUGAUGGUGGUCUUUACACGUUGCUGUUGAAUCCACCAUCAAGCGAGCAGUUGUAUCGCUUGUGCUGGCUUUGUAUAUCGCAGGAACUUCACACACCUUCUCUCGCAACCCUUCAAGCAUGUCUUCUUUUUCAACAGAGACUGCCCACAAAUAUAUAUCUUUCUGACACAGCGUUUGCAUGGUCGCUCAUGUCAACUUCCCUCGCUGUUGCGCAAACCAUUGGUCUUCAUCGAAAUCCGGAAUCUUGGAGCUCCAUUCCUUCUUGGGAGAAAAGACUUCGAUGCCGACUCUGGUGGGGCCUUUAUGUCGUGGAGAAAUGGGUUGCCCUUACACGGGGAAUGCCCAGCCACCUUAGUGAUGACGACUACGAUGUAUCUUUGCCGAGGCAAGAUAUACUAGUACAAAAUACUUUGUCAGAUUCACCCGACACAAGGAGUCACUUAUAUCACCUAGCGACAUUAACAAUGAUCUUGUCGGAUAUCCAAAGAACAUUCUAUACCGUAAAAGCUAUUGGAAAGACUUCUAACGACCUUCAAUAUUCCUUGGAUUUAGCGCGUUCAAUUCGUGUUAGGCUCAAGGACUGGCGUGAUAACUUGCCAAGCAAUCUGAAACCAACUCAUAAUACACCGAAUACAUCUUCAACACGACCUAGUGCUGGGGACCUCGAAGGAAACGGGUCCCUCUAUCUUUCUUACAUUGUCACUCACGUGGCUCUUCUGCGUGCUUUGCUACGACCUCUGGGCCGAUGGCCGGCAAUCAUCCAGCGAAAUCAAGACAUGGGAGAAGGGACCUAUGAUGGUGCUAAAGCGGUUGUGAAAGGGGCCUUACUGUGCAUCAAGGAGUUUGUCGAAUUUAUCGAGAAGCUUACUGGGGCGCAAUGGAAUGCGUUUUGGCAUAGCUGUGAGUUUAUUGAAUCAAACCCUGCUUUGGGCAUCGUUCUGAUUGAUAUUUACAGGGAGUCGACCUAA